AUGAUUGUUUAUCGGGGACAAAGAUUAACACAUUAUGAAUUCUUAAAAUUAAAAAACAAUAUUGAUAAAAAUAUGUUGAUGAAUACAUUCUUAUCAACAACACGUAAUCGUGAGCUUGCUGUUAUAUUUGCUGGUGAAAGUAAUUGUGACUAUGUUGCUGUCAUAUUUGAAAUACACGUUUAUCUCAAUGAAUAUAUAGAUAGAUAUCGUGAUAUGACCGAGAUUGAUUUGGAUUCGAUUUAUGAUUCUAUUGAAUUAAAACCGUUUGUUAAUAUUGAAAAUUUAAGCUAUUUCAAGGAUGAAGACGAAAUACUAUUUUCAAUGGGCACCCUAUUUACCAUUAACACCAUUGAGGAGUUGCCAUCCACCGACAAUCGAAAUAGUGUUUGGCAGAUUACUAUGGAAUUAAAUAAUGAACCACUUAGUGAAGUAUUCGACUGGAGUUAUGAUAUAAACGAUGGACUUGAGACAGCAAUAGAAUGUUCAGAAGAACACUUUUGUCGUUAUGAAUACAAUGAUGAACAAAAAGAAAUAAUUAAAUCAUUUCUGAAACAAUUACCAUCACAUUCUUAUGGUUCCAGCAUUCUUGAAAUUUGGUUUGCAUUUCAUCAUUACGAAACCUCUCAUUUCAAACAAGCAAUUAUCCUUUAUAAACGAGGAUUUGAACUUUUGCUACAACUUAUAAUAACAAUAGAUCCAAUGUAUUCAGUUAUUGUAUCGAAGAUGUUUUAUAUACUGGGCGACGCAUACGAAUGCAUGACCAAUUUAUGUUUACCACUACCUCUCGACUUUACGUUAGCAUUAGAAUGCUAUGAUAAAGUUCUUGAUGUGAGCACAAAUUAUUUAUUAAGAAUGAAAACUUAUGAGAACAUAGGCUAUAUAUUUGAAAAGUUAUGCAUGUAUGAAAAGUCGUUACAUUCAUAUAAUAAAACACUUGAAAUAGCACUAGAAAAUAACUGUUUGAUGUCUGGACACUCUUAUGAGUCAAGCAAAGAUAGUAUCUAUCCGUAUCUAUGUAAUGAAAAUUCAUCGGUUCAGCUGACGUAUUAUUCGAUUGGAUGGAUCCAUGAACAGAUAGGCAGCUAUGUUGAAGCAUUACUAUACUAUAAACGUAAACUCAAACUUGAACAAGAAAAUAAUGAUGUUUUAGAAAUUCCGCAUACAUAUAAUAGUAUUGGAUUGGUCCAUGAGUAUAAGCAUGAUUAUUGGAUGGCAUUGGAAAACUAUUUAUAUGGACUUGUUUUAUGUUUGGAUUUUGUUUCAACUCCUGUUCCAUAUUUCACUAAAAUAUGUAAAUCCUUCAUGAACUGUGUAAAAAAACAAAGGGAUAAAUUAAGCCUUCAACGACGCUAUAUGAGGAUUCAUAUGAGAAUAGCUAUAACAACAGUUCAGUCGCUCAGUGAGUUGUAUAAAGUUGGAACAGAGCAGAGUUUAGCGUCUCAAGUCAACCAACUACGCUGGUGUAUUUGUGCAAAUGAGUGGCCUUCGGGAGGGAGGAUGAGGAUGGUUGGAAAUGAGGAUGAUUCCUCGUCCACAUCACUACCAGAAACUUAUAUUCAAAACUUUCUUCUAGAAUAUCAUAAACGAUGCAAAUAUGAACGUGCAUGGAAAAAUUUGGUAUAG